CUUCUUUUAUAAAUAAUAGAAAAUUUAGGGUUUUUUCUUCUUCAUAUAUAAUUUUCAUCUCAUAUUCUCUUGAAUCUCGCGGUUCCUUCAACAAUUCCUAGAUUCACUGGUUGUAUCAAGGUUUAUGGUUCUACUCAGCUUCUCUCCUUAAUCUUCCCUCUUAUUCACCAUGUUCUGGCAGCUCACACCUAUAUCCGCCACUUCUUCUGUGGACGCUAUAUUAGACAAGGAAAGCUUUACUUUGGAAGAGCUUCUUGAUGAGGAAGAAGUAAUCCAAGAGUGCAAAGCCUUAAAUAUUCGACUCAUCAAUUUUCUACGAGACAGAGCCCAAGUUGAGCAGUUGUUGAGAUAUAUUGUUGAAGAAUCUCCAGAGGAUGUGGACAGCAGACGGACCUUCAAGUUUCCAUUUGUUGCCUGUGAGAUAUUUACAUGUGAGAUUGAUGUCAUUUUGAGGACUUUAGUUGAGGAUGAAGAGUUGAUGAACUUACUUUUCUCCUUCUUGGAACCGAACCGUCCUCAUAGUGCCUUGCUAGCUGGUUAUUUCAGUAAGGUUGUUGUAUGCCUUAUGCUACGGAAAACUGUUCCACUUAUGAACUACGUUCAAGUACAUCAAGACCUGUUCCGCCAACUGGUUGAUUUGAUAGGAAUCACAUCCAUCAUGGAGGUUUUGGUUCGGUUAGUAGGUGCUGAUGAUCAUGUAUAUCCAAAUUUUUUGGAUGUAAUGCAAUGGCUAGCUGAUAGCAAUUUGCUGGAAAUGGUUGUGGAUAAAUUGAGUCCAUCUUGUGCUCCCAAAGUUCAUGCUAAUGCCGCAGAAACAUUAUGUGCAAUAACUCGGAAUGCCCCAUCAACUUUAGCCACCAAACUAUCUACUCCAAGCUUUGUUGCAAGGAUACUUGGUCAUGCUUUGGAAGAUUCACAUUCCAAAUCUAGCCUUGUAAAUUCACUUUCAGUUUGUAUCUCAUUCUUGGAUCCAAAAAAAUCAGCAACUACUUCUCCUUUGAUACAUUCUUUUCGGAAUCAGUUUAUGUAUGAGCCUCCAAUCCCUAUAAAUUCAGAGACUAUCAAUGCGAUGCUGCCUAAACUUGGUGACUUGCUCGUGCUUUUGAAUGUUUCAUCUGAUGAGAAAAUUUUGCCUACCACAUAUGGAGAAUUGAGGCCGCCUCUCGGGAAGCAUCGUCUAAAGAUUGUGGAGUUCAUUGCUGUGCUGUUGAGAACUGGAAAUGAAGCUGCACAGCAAGAAUUGAUUAACUCAGGAACCAUUCGACGAAUUCUUGAUCUUUUCUUUGAGUACCCAUACAACAGUGCAUUACAUCAUCACGUGGAGAGUAUAAUAUUAUCUUGCCUUGAAAGAAAUAACGAUUCUAUAGUUCUUCAUCUUCUUCAAGAAUGUGAUUUGGUUGGGAAAUUUCUCCAAACUGACAAGCAUCCAAUUCUUUCUGGAGAUGGUAAUCAGCCCACUUUAAUUGCUGCUGGAAAAUGUGCACCACGGGUUGGAAACAUUGGACACAUUACUCGUAUUUCAAAUAAACUAGUAGAGUUGGGAAGCAGCAAUAGCCACAUUCAAGCAUGCCUACAGGAAAAUAAUGAAUGGAAUGAAUGGCAAGCUAAUGUUCUGCAAGAGCGUAAUGCAGUUGAAAAUGUUUAUAGAUGGGCUUGUGGCCGCCUAACAACCUUGCAGGACAGGACAAGAGAUAGCGACGAAGAUGAUCUUCAUGAUAGAGAUUAUGAUGUAGCUGCUUUAGCAAAUAACCUAAGCCAGGCUUUCAAAUACAGAAUAAAUGGGAAUGAUGAUAAUGAAGAGCGUGAUGCUCUUGAGCGAGAUGAUGAGGACGCAUAUUUUGAUGAUGAAUCUGCUGAGGUUGUCAUAUCAUCCUUGAGGCUUGGAGAUGAACAUGGAAGUCAUAUUAAUGGAGAUUACAACCCAUGUGUUUUAAUGAGCAGUCUGUUCACAAAUUCGAACUGGUUUGCAUUCGAAGAUGACAGAACCGGUAAUGCACCUGUGGCAUCAUUGGCCACGGAGGUGAUGAAUGGUGCCUCAAAUGUUGGUAACAGCAGUAGUGAUGAUAAAGUGGUAGUUGGAGAGGAAGACGAGUUGAAUGACAACAAACAGUCGGUGAAUAGCACAUCUACUUCCGAUGCGAUGAAUGGAUUUAACAAUCUUAUGAGUGAUACGAGAUUCUUCAGGUUUGACACAACAGAAAACGAGGAUUUGUCUGGAGACAGGUCUUUACCUGAGUGGGUGGGAUUGGAAGAAUAUUUGGGUUUGCAAGCAGCAGGUGGUUCAAGCAAGAAUCCAUUUCUUGAUGAUGACAGCACUGAUGUCAGCAUACCCAACCAAACAGAGGCAAUGGUCACCGAUGUUGGCAACCACUUAAAUGGGGAGUCCACACUUCCAAGUGAUUCCUUAGACUCCAUGGAUUUAAGUGAAGGAUCAGCGAUAAGUGAUACAAAUCAGAAAUAUCCACCUCCGGCGCCCUCUUUAUUUGAAGAGGACGUUGAAUUUGUAGGUGUGGAAUCAGAAGGUACAGAGAAGGCAAUGGAACAAGCUUUAAAAGGAAUAGUUGGGGAAACAGGGCCGUUGCAGAGGAACAGUAUCCCAAAGGUACCUGCAAAGGAGAACGCUGGUGAUGAUGGAGCUGGGAUGGAGGAGUUCAAUGAUUCAAACUAUUGGAGGGUGGAUCAAGAGGUUGCUAUUUCAGAAUAAUGC